AUGAGUGCUGCAACAACAAAUGAGCGUGCGACUGAGACGACUGCUCUCCUCUCCCCCGACGACGACUACGGCUAUGGUUAUGGCUAUGGCUCCGACACGACAAUCGCAGGCAGUCUCUCCGGCAACAACUCCUCAGCCUCCUCAGCCUCAUCAGAAGAAGAAGAAAACCCCAAAACCACCAAAAAAACACACAUCCGCAACGUCUCCCUCCACACCGAAAUUUCCAUCCUCCUCAAAUCCUCCGGCCCCCUAGUCCUCACCUAUUUCCUGCAAUACUUCUACCAAGUCAUCAUCAUCAUCGUCGCCGCCCAACUCUCCACCGAAGAAAUCGCCGGCGUCUCCCUCGGAAUCACAACCGCCAACAUCACCGGUUUUGCCGUCUUCGAAGGCAUGGCCACGGCCUUAGAUACCCUCUGUUCCCAAGCCUACGGAUCUUCGAAAUUCUCCGAAGUGGGAUUAUAUACCAUCCGCGCCACGAUUUUAGUGCAUGUCGUAGCCGUCGUUCCGAUUGGAGGGUUGUGGAUGUGUUCUGGACCGAUCAUUCGAUGGAUUGUUCCUUCGACGACAUUGGCGAUGCACGCGAGUGGGUUUUUACGGUAUACGUUACUUGGCGUCCCGGGGUUUGUGACGUUUGAGAAUGGGAAGAGAUUUUUACAAGCUCAAGGAGAUUUUACUGGGGGGUUGGUCAUUCUGUUGGCGUGUUUACCGGUCAAUUUGGGUUUGACGUAUGGGUUGGUAUAUCGAGCGGAUAUGCGUGUUGCUGGAGCUGCUCUUUCUGCUGCUUUGACGAAUGUGCUUCGCCCGGUUUUAUUGGGGUUGUAUGUGCGAUUUGGCAAUCCUGCGACGAUGAAAUGUUGGCCUGAGAGAUCUGAGAUUCGAAAGGAGUGGCGGAGGAAAUGGAAUGUUAUUCUCCGGCUGGCGGUCCCGGGAACUCUCAUGACAUUGAGCGAAUGGAUGUGUUUUGAAAUUCUCACUUUCUGCACCGCGUAUGUCUCCGACGCUGCACUCGCCGGUCAAACUUUUUUGGGAACCAUCGCUACUCUGGUUUGGCAUAUUGCCUUUUCCGCUUCCGUGGCCUGUUCCACACGAAUCGGACAACUCGUCGGCGCAGGGAAAAAUCUCUCUGAAACAAAAAAACUCAUCAAAUGGUACGCUGGAGUCUUCGCUAUAGCAGGCCUCUUCGAUGCUUGUCUGGGUAUAAUCCUGAUACAUCUCACCAUCACCUACCUUAUCCACGACCCGGCUGUCGCGAGCAUUGUCCGCGCAGCUCUCCCUUAUGCAGCAAUGUUUAUGAUAUUCGAUUCGACGGCCAAUUGGCCUCACAGUGUGGGGAGAGGAUUUGGUUGGCAAGAUAUUGGAGCGUGGUGUACUAUGACGAUUAAUUAUUUGUAUGCGGUUCCUCUGGCGAUUUUUUUGGAAUUGGGGCCACUAAAGAUGGGAAUUAGUGGCUUGUGGAUUGGAUUGGGUUCGGCUUUGUUUUUUACCACGGUUGUCGAGGCCUGUGCGAUUUGGAGACGGUUGGCCAGGAGGAUGGAUGGGAGGGUGGCGCGGGCUGGUGGGGAUGAGGGGGAGGAGGAGGAGGAGGAGGAGGGGGAGGGUCAUGGUUCUUGAAGAGAUACACGAAAAAUCAGUCCUUUUUCGAAUGUUAAUUUACUUUUUAC